AUGCCCAACCCUGGUGACACCGGCAUUGACGCCGUCCGCGAUCGUUUCCGUUUUUUUUGGUCCCAGGACAGCAGCACAACCGCCCGGUACAGGGACUCAUCUAAAGACGAGGCACCGCCGACUCCAGCCGAGAGCUACACUUCCGAGGACGCCCUACUACCUCCUACCCAUAUGAUUCCGAAACCAUGGACACGAAAGCACUCUUUCCUCAUGUGCGGCGCUGUUUGGCUGGCCAUGCUAUUGACAUUCAUUCUCUUGAACUUGGUUCUGCUUCUAGCCAGUGAAGUUUGGGACCAUACGUCCGGGGGCUUUGAAGAGGCGAGUCUCGUCGUGCCCAUACCCUGUCACUCCCACAACGAUUACUGGAGAAAACGUCCAAUAUACGACGCGCUCGAAGCAGGUUGCAUUGGCAUUGAGGCCGAUGUUUGGCUAUCUGGCACCGAGCUUUUUGUCGGCCACAACAAAUGGUCCCUUCGCGAAAAAAACACUUUUACCAAUCUCUACAUCGAUCCCCUUGUUCGAAUACUUGACCAACGCAACGCGAACCUCAACAACUCCUUUCAGAGGGCGCCCAGGGGUAUUUACCAGGCGAAUCCGGUGCAAACAAUGAUACUUCUCGUGGACUUGAAGACAGGCGGCCCCGACACCUGGCCGCAGGUGGUGCGUCAACUAGAGCCCUUGCGCGAGCGAGGGUGGUUGACUAAGGUCGUCAAUGACAAGAUUCAUUACGGGCCUAUCACUGUUGUCGGAACCGGAAAUACCCCUUUCGAGCUGGUUGCUGAGAACUCUACUUAUAGAGAUGCCUUCUUCGACGCCCCUCUUCUCAAAUUAGAUAGCCACGAUUUUAACCCGACCAACUCAUACUAUACCAGUGUCUCAUUCAAGAAGGCAAUCGGUACUGUUUGGUUCGGGGACCUGACAGAGGCGCAAAUGACGAAGUUGAGAAAUCAGGUUAAGGAAGCCCACUUACGCGGCUUGAAAGUUCGGUACUGGAAUCUUCCCGCGUGGCCCGUCAGCAUCAGAAACCACGUGUGGGAUGUACUCAUCCGGGAAGGCGUUGAUAUUCUGAACGUGGAUGACCUCAAAGGCGCCAAAAAAGAAUGGGACCUCAGAGGAUGGCCAAAACUCACUGCGAAUUCGACGAUGCCUGCCUGA